CGCAGUGCAGCAGUGUGUUCAGAAAUCAACAAGCGCAGUGCAGCAGUGUGUUCAGAUAUCAACAAGCGCAGUGCAGCAGUGUGUUCAGAUAUCAAUAAGCGCAGUGCAGCAGUGUGUUCAGAAAUCAACAAGCGCAGUGCAGCAGUGUGUUCAGAUAUCAACAAGCGCAGUGCAGCAGUGUGUUCAGAUAUCAAUAAGCGCAGUGCAGCAGUGUGUUCAGAAAUCAACAAGCGCAGUGCAGCAGUGUGUUCAGAUAUCAACAAGCGCAGUGCAGCAGUGUGUUCAGAUAUCAACAAGCGCAGUGCAGCAGUGUGUUCAGAUAUCAAUAAGCGCAGUGCAGCAGUGUGUUCAGAUAUCAACAAGCGCAGUGCAGCAGUGUGUUCAGAAAUCAACAAGCGCAGUGCAGCAGUGUGUUCAGAUAUCAAUAAGCGCAGUGCAGCAGUGUGUUCAGAUAUCAACAAGCGCAGUGCAGCAGUGUGUUCAGAUAUCAACAAGCGCAGUGAAGCAGUGUGUUCAGAUAUCAACAAGCGCAGUGCAGCAGUGUGUUCAGAAAUCAACAAGCGCAGUGAAGCAGUGUGUUCAGAUAUCAACACGCGCAGUGCAGCAGUGUGUUCAGAAAUCAAACAAAUGAGUAAUUUAUCUUAG